CUCUCGGAACCUUCACGCUCAAAGAUGGGGCUCCCGAUUCAAAAGGCUACGUUGGCACAGCAGGUUAAAGUGGCCCAAAUCCGAUUUUCUCGUUUGUCUGUUCAGAUUAUCUUUUAAGAUUUAUCUCUGUAUGCGACAUCAGUCUGAAGAGAUCAGCUCCUAAACCGACCCGCAUGCGCUAAAGAACGUGUCGUGCUCGUCCAGAGCUAAACCGUCAUGACGGCCAGAGAACGCUAGUCGCUCCCGGAGCUUCAGUUUCAUCUUCGUCAGCAUCACAGGAGCGAUUAAAGUUCCAGUGACUGACAGCAACACGGUGUGUUCGGGUCUGCCAUAAAAGGGGCACGUUAUUCGCCCACGGCCACUUCUUUGUUUCAUGUCCUCUUUAAACUCUGGCGCUGCAGCCUCUGGCUCCUCCGGCCGCGAUCGGUCGCUUUGUUCGAAACCUCUUCAACCUCGGAGCGGCUGCGACGAGUCUCCUCUAAUUUUUGGUACAGAAACAUCAGCCUGAAUAUUUCUGAGCCCCAACAGCGCAAGAUUAUGAUGAAUGUCGAGUUGGACUGACGUAAAAGUCGCAUGAAUUCCGAUCUGGCUGUUCAGUCUGAGUCGCAUCGCCGCAGAUCGGAUUUCAGUAAUUUACCACAUAUAAAAGCGUCUCAAAUCGGAAUUGAAAAUGUCAGAUUCAAUGCGUUCUUUGCCGUUCACACAGCCACGCAAAUGACACAUCUGUGUCACAUAUGAAGAAAAAGAUCGGAUUUGGGCCACUUUUACCUGCUGUGUAAACGCAGCCAAAGUGAUAACCAAAAAUGGGGGAAAACAGACUUAAGGUUAUUUAACACAACUGAGAUAAUCUAAAAAGCUGUCGAUUAGCAAGCGUUUUUGGGCGUUUUACACAUUGAGGGACCCUGUUGGCCUCACUGUCAGUGUCAGUAUGUCUUUUGCUGGGGCGGUGUGGCUGGCUGUUCAGGAAAACCUGUACAGAGGUACCUGCAGAGGACCAGCUCGGAAAAUCUCCGACAGCAGCGACUCAGACGGCAUCGGCGAGGAAUCGAGAGGUUGCCUGAACAGUUUCGACGAUUACUUUCUGUCGCAGUGUUUUCAUCUCAGUCGCCAGUGUCUGACUUUUCUUCUGGACUAUGUUAAAUCUCGUUUGAAGCAGGACGUUAACGAUGCUGCCUCAACUGAAGCCAUGACAUUGGCGACGCUUUACUUCUACGCGCACGGCUUUUUACCCAGCAAAAUUACAGAUAUGGUAGGAUUAGAGCACACAUCCGCAAACGAGGCGGUGAAUAUCAUAUCUAAAGUUUUGGCGGACAUGGCCCCGAAAUUUAUCACGUUUCCCGUUGGCUACAAUGACCGCAUGGGCGUCGCGCAGGGAUUUAAAAACAUAAGCGGUAUUCCAAACGUGGUGGGGGUGUUGGGUUGUUUACAUAUAAAAGUGAACCCUCCUCCCGCUGAAGAAAGCCUUUUUCUCAACACCCUCGGUUACCAUUCAGUAAUGGUGCAGGUGAUCAGUGAUGCGGAUGGAAAUCUGCUCAGCAUUGAGAAGUGCUCUCCUGGAGGUGCUCUGGAGCAGGCUGUCUGGGAAAGGUCGAACAUUUGCCAGGAGUUUAGCAGUUUUCAGCAUGGUCAGACAUGGGUUAUCGGUGGUAGAGGUCUGCCUCCAGGUAGGCAUGUGUUAACCCCUGUGGAGCACUCGCAAGUCAAGUCCAGUGCAACCAGACGUUUCAACACGGCUCAUUCUCAGGUCCUGACUUCAACCCAAUAUGUCUUUGGCUCUCUAAAAACCCGUUUCCAGUGCCUGCGUGACCUCGGAAUUGUGCAGGCCAAUGCCUUGGAGCCUAUUGCUCGCAUUAUCACAGCUUGCUGUGUACUUCACAACAUAUCCAAAAAGUUCUCUGUGCCGUUACCCCGAGAGCCGAUUCUGGAGCCUGUACACCCAGCUCAAGAAGUGGGGAAAGGGGGAGAAGAAUACCCUUUUCGAUACAUGGAAAAGACAAUGGAAGAUAUGAUAGAAAUAUGUUUUGGUAAUGCUGGGGAUGAAGUGGAGCAGGAGAAGAACAUUAAGGACAAGCACAAACCAAAUGGGGCUCACAGUUGACGCAUGACUUUUGGUAAAUAUUCUACAGCUCCUCAGGAGGAGAGUGUAUAUUUGCAUCAGACAGAAUCAACAUGCUUAACAAGUUUAACAAGCCAAGUUAACAGGGUGCAAUGCAGAAAAUCCCAGAUUAAUGAGAUGUGUGUAAUGAAAAAGCAUAAUUUUAUCAAGCAAUGUUUUUGUACCCUACAGUCAUUUCGAUUGUGGUACUUUAUGGUUUCUUUGUCUUGCUGAACCUUCUUUAAUGUAAACUUUUAUUUUAACUGAACUCAAACUUUUGAGGCUAAACUGGUCUCCUCUCCCAGUCACUACAAGUGUGUGUGUGUGUGUGUGUGUGUGUGUGUGUGUGUGUGUGUGUGUGUUCCAGAUCACUGCUUAUAUACCAUUUCUUACUUAACAGACCUUCCUGAGUCAGAUUGAUGUUUGUGCUGUAUGGAAUAUGGAAAUGAUCAUGUCAGUGCAGAAGAAAAUACAUUUUUAUUGUAAUAAAAAUAAAUUACUAAUAAAUUAAUAUUUUCUUUAUAAACACUUUUUUGACAAACUGUAGAAGCUAAGCUUAAUAGGUGUGUAAUCAUGCAUGGUAAACAGUAGAUUUAUCACAAGAACAAAAGUAAGGCAGUAAAACUUUCUCUGCUUUCAGGGUUUGGUUAUUGGCAACAAAUAUCACAAUAUUUUGCCUUCUUGCAUCUUUCUUUUUUUUUGCAAAACAUUCUAAGUACACCCAGAUAUUUAAUUAAUUGCUUACAGUGUAAAGAACUUCCUUAGGUACAUGCUUCACUACUGUGUGAAAACAUAGUUAAUCUGUUUCAGCCUGUGUAUCUAACAUGUAUCUUUUGCAGCUAAAUAACUAGCUAAAGAAUUAUAAUGUGAUCUAAUCUUAAUUAUUUCAAAAUCUUUUUCUCAUUGUGAUCCUUCUGUACUGUCUAGGAAACGGUGCUCUGCAACCAGCUGAUUAUGGCAGCAAACUGUAAUAUGAUUUUUAAAAAUGUUUACAUUCUGCCUAGACUUGAAAUUAAUUAUGCUUGUAAUUUGGAAAUUCUCCAUUAAAUAAAAUAGUGCCUGAAAAUUGGCUUA